UAUGAGAGGUCAGGGUGUCCUUCCACACAUGUGUUCACGCAGUCCGGUUGAUAUAGUGUCAGUGCUGUAACGGAACUCGAAGCUUAUCAAACUCUUAUCUCUUGGAACCGCAUUCAUACCCGCUGAUAGUAAUGCUAAAAUAUUUUUCCCGUGCGGUAGGAACCGCAGUUCGAUAUUCUACAGUCACCGCGUCUUCGGCCCGAGCGUUACCUCUUACAAGACCGGCGUUAUGUUCUCCAAGUUCAGCAACUACCCGGCCUUUCACUCGGUCACUCUGGAUGAUGAACAGUAAUGGGGCUUCUUCGGGUUACAGAUCAAAACUGCUAACUUCCAAGGGUUUGAAUCCUUCAGUUUCGUGUGGGUGUGAAGGAUUGCACACAGAAGGAGACAAAGCCUUUGGAGAUUUCCUGUCGGAUGAAAUCAAAGAGGAGAAGAAGAUCCAGAAAAGCACUGCACUUCCAAAGAUGUCUGGAGGGUGGGACAUAUUGAUGAAUGGGACAGAGGUUAAACUCAACCGCACUAUUUCAGGAGAGAAAGUGACCGUCACAUUCAAUGUCAACAACAGUAUUCCACCUAACUUUGAAGAGGAGCCAGAUCAAGGACAACAGAAGUCAGCAGAAAAUGAGCCAGAGAUUGUCUCGACACCCAACUUUGUAGUUGAAGUAACAAAACAGGCUGCCAAACAUUCCUUGGUGUUUGACUGUCAUUAUCCUGAAGAUGAAGCAAGCCGUGGAGAAGGAGAGGAGGAGAGUGACAUCUUUGCCAUCCGAGAGGUCAGCUUCCAGCCGGAAGGGGAUGGUGACUGGAAGGAGACCAGCUACACACUCAACACAGACUCUUUGGACUGGGCCCUGUAUGACCACCUGAUGGACUUCCUGGCUGACCGAGGGGUGGACAACACGUUUGCUGACGAACUGAUGGAGUUAAGCUCUGCCGUUGAGCACCAAGAAUAUAUCAAGUUCCUGGAAGAUCUCAGUGGUUUUGUAAAAUGUAGCUAAUGCACAUAAAAGACAAUGUUGAUCUUUUUUGUAAGACCCACCCCUGUUAAUUUAAACCUGUAUUGGCACUAAACUGUCCCUUAGUUGGGCUCAUCAGUUGUCAGUGUGAGAUGCCUGCAGCAAGCCUGUUCAGGUAGUCUCAUAUUGGACUGCUUUGCUGCAAACUUGUUCUGUAAAUGUUCCAGUCUCCUUCCUGUAACUAAUUAGGUUAAUAUAUGAAGACUGUCGUUGUCCAAAGCAUAAUACAUCUGGCCAUGUGGAAGUCUGUAAUAAUGUAUGCUAAAUAAAACAGUUUGAUAUA